AUGUCCCCGGGAAGCGGAGUGAAGAGCGAGUACAUGAAGCGCUACCGGGAGCCGCGCUGGGACGAGUAUGGGCCGUGCUACCGCGAGCUGCUGCACUACCGCCUGGGCCGCCGACUGCUAGAGCAGACGCAUGCGCCCUGGCUCUGGGACGACUGGGGCCCUGCCAGUUCCUCGGACGACUCAGCGUCGUCAGAAUCGUCGCGCGGCCUUGGUCCCGCGCCCAGAUGCGCCCCGGCGUCGCCAGUGGAGCGCGCGGCGCGGGAAGAGACGGAACGGCUGCUGCGCGGGAUCCCAGAGGAGCAGGGCGCAGAGGCGGAGGACGCGGAGGACACGGCUCUGCCAUCACUGCCAGUGAAAGAUGUACAAGGAAAACCUGAACAGCAGAUCGGAACAGGAGAGGCUGAAAAAUUACCCACCAGUAUCGAAGCUCGACAACACCGAAGUGCCUUAUUUGCCGGAGGAAAUAGGGAAGCAGUCACAAGUUCUCAGCGAUCAUCAGGCAAAAUGAAAGAAAAGAAGCAUCCGUUUGCUCUUUAUGGGUGGGGAGAAAAACAGACUGAUACAGGAAACCAAAAAACUCACAACGUGUGUGCAUCUGCCCCUGUGCAUGAGAUUCAUACAUCAGCCUUACGAGCCAAGAACAGAAGACAGCUGGAGAAAAGGAAACUAGUUGCCCAAAGACAACGUGCUCAUUCUGUGGAUGUCAACAGAAGGAUGAAGUCGUCUUCCUCCUCGGAGAACCCGUGGAUGACAGAAUACAUGAGGUGCUACUCGGCCAGAGCUUAAACAGUCGUGUGGACAGCCUUUCUUAAAAAAAGUGUAAAUGACAGAAACAUAAGUGAAGACCAGAAACCAUGAAAAGAAAUUGGACACACAGAUUCAAGAAACCAACUGAUUAUCCAAGGUUUAUUGGGGGGAAUUUCUAAAUGAUCGUUUAUUUUGAUUAAUUAUUGGUCACCUACCUCGGCAGUAGGGCAGACAGUUGAAGCCAUAGCCAUUGGAUUAUUUAUGAAAAUAAUUCUCUAAAUAUAUGAUGUUAUUAUAAGGGUUUAAAGCAUCUUAUUCUUUAGAGAUGAGGCCUCACUUUUACCCAGGCUGGUCUUGAACUCUUGAGCAGAAGAGAUAUCCCACCUUGGCCUCCCAGAGUGCUGGUAUUAUAGGCGUGAGCCAUCACCUCGGGCACAAGCAUCCUAAUCUUUUAAUAUACUGAUACCAAAUGCCUUUAAAUUGCUACAGAUGCUUACGAUUCAGUAUUCUCUUAAGUUUAGGUGGGGCCUAUUUUCAUUCUAUGCUCAUUAACUUUUUAGAUUCCAUCUGGCAGCAUAAAAUUAUUUUUUGAGACAGAGUCUCACUAUGUCACCCUCUGUAGAGUGCUGUGGUGUCAUAGCUCACACAACCUUUAACUCUUAGGCUCAGGCAGUUCUCUUGCCUCAGCGUCCCUAGUAGCUGGACUACACGUGCCCGCCACAACACCCAGCUAUUUUGUUGUUGUUUUGCAGGCCCAGGCCUGGGUUCAAACCCACCAGCCCCAGAUCAUGUGGCCGGCGCCCUAACCACUGAGCUAUGGGCGCCCAGCCAAAACUAAUUGUUUCUUACUUGUAGUUUUGUUUGUUAAAGACUAUCAAGUUGAAAAUGAAUUUUAGUACUUUUAAUUACAUGUACAAUGAAACUAGAACUUUUGUAGUUCCUGAAAAAUUAAACUUACUUGUAUUUUAGUUCAGGAUCACCUUCAUGUAAGUUGUAAUAUUUAAGAACUACCUGGACUGGGUAAGGGUUGCUUUUUCCUUUUUAAAUUAUCAGCUAGGCAUUUAACAGUUUAAGAGUUCAAAUACAUUCCAAUCUGAGCCAAUACAAUGUGUAGAGUAGUUAUGUUUCUUUUGAGUCAAGGAUUGUCACAUUUUUUAUUGCAAAGUUUUUUUUUUUUU